AUGAAAGAAGAAACUCUCAAGGAACUAGCAAGCUCUACACCUGAUUCAAUCGCUUUCCCAAAUGAUCAAUUAUGCAGAAUCCUAGAAGAUCUUGUAUUCUUAAGAUCUUUCCUAGGAAAUAUUGUAGAGCAGCGCAGCCGGAAUGAAAAACUCCAAGCUCUUUGUAGUCGUAUUGUGAAGCUUGCAUACAGUGUAGAAUUCGAAAUUGACUCUGCACUAGUUGUAUCGAACGAAACUCUGGUGGGUCUCAAUGAUGAGGUAGAAAGUAUAAUUGAUAGACUUGUGGGAGGAUCAAUGCAGUUGGAUAUUGUUGCCAUUGUGGGUAUGUCUGGGCUUGGUAAGACAACAUUAGCCAGUAAAGUUUACAGUGAUCCUUUGGUAUUGUUCCACUUCCACAUUCAUGCUUGGUGUUAUGUCUCUCACGGAUAUAGCAAGCGUAGUUUGUUAGUUCAGAUAUUGUGUUGUUUUGACGGUGGGAACUCCAUCCAGUGGGAUAUGUUGAAACACUCCUUGCCAGAUGUUUGCAAUGGAAGCAGGCUACUCACCAGCAGAAUUCAGAAUUUGUCUUUGCAAAUUAAACCUGAUAGCAAACCUCACCACCUUCGCUGGCUCAGUGAUAAAAGAGAGUUUGGAAUUGCUGCAGAAGAAGCUAUUUGCCAAAGAAGGUUGUCCUCCAACAUUAAGUGA